CAGUGAAAAGGGGAGGAAGCAGCGUCGGCAAGUGAACCUGCUGGAAACUGAUGGAAACCGUCCCAGUUUACUUUUAGCAUUGAUAAGCAGCAGUUGCGUGUUUAACUUUACCGGAGAGUUAAAUAAAGUACCUUUAUUUUAGAAAUAAAACGUUUUGUUAGAGAGGAGGAGAUGGCCAGUGGAUCCGGAAGUGAAGAUCUGUUCGACAGUAUUGUCAUGGCGGAUGAAAGGUUUCGUGGUGAGGGGUACCGGGAUGGCUACGAGAAGGGGAGCCGCAGAGGGCUGCUGGACGGCCGCAGACACGGAGCCUCUCAUGGGGCCAAACUGUCCUCUGAGAUUUCCUUCUGCUACGGGUUUGCCAUCACAUGGAAAUGUCUCCUCCAACAUAACACAGAUGUGAAAUCCAGGAAGCGUUUGAAGGCCGUGGAGGCUCUGCUGGAUUUGAUCCAGGAGUGCCCUCAGGAUGACCCUGCGUCUGUGAAGAUAAAGGAGGGUGUGGAUAGACUGCGGGCCAAGUUCAGACAGGUGUGCUCCAUGAUGAACGUCCCUGCUGACUUCAAGAACUACAUCAAAACCACUGAGGGGACGUCUUUCUGAAUCCCUCCUGCUCAUAGUGAUGAUAAUGAUGAUAGAGGACAGGAACUGAGCCGACCUCUGCGGCAGUGAGUGGUUGAUCUGCAGUGGAUUUGUUGUCGGGGUUGGAGAGUGACUUUCAGAGUGAUAGCAGACCAACAGUGAACUCAGUCUGAGGACCGUAAGACCUGCAGGGUCUGGACCCGGGCUGCACAACACUCCUCACACCUGGAGGAGGAGGAGGAGAGAGGAGCUGUGCUGAACAAUGUUUUUAUGAAACUGAAGUGAGGAUCCAGUGAUUUAAAAAAAAACUCUGUGAACGACAACAAUCAGAUUUUUUUGCUUUUUUUUUUUUUUUUUUUUAAAGGAAAUGAGCAGAACAACAAUGACUGUCUAAAGCCUGACCUGCCAACUUUAACAUCACAGCUGGUUUGGUUUGCCUCUUCAGAAUGAACAAUCUGGUCAUCCUGUGAGGUUGACAAGACAGCACAGUACUCAAGUCUAACAGCAGGAGGCAGCAGCAACACACUGACGGCCUUCAGGUCUGCCAAAAGCUAAAGUUUAGAAGAGUGUGACCCUUAAAAACCGAUUUCUUCUCUUGCCUUAAUCCACCUGUGAUAAAAUUCAAUGAAAUGUCCUGCGAGGAGUUUGAAGUAGAUUAAGAAACCGACUAAUAAUGACAUUACUGAUGUGACCUCCAAAAGCAAACCAUCACCUGGAAGACUAAUCUAAUGCCUGGCCAACGUUUGGACUCUCAUGAAGUGGUUUCAAGCUUACAGAGAAAUGUGUUGUUGUUUUUUCCAGAGCAUUGUAAAAAAUGUAUUAUUUUUUUUAAAUCCUGUAUAUGGAUAAAAAUAAA